AUGUGCACAAACGACGAGGGUAGAGUCAGGACUAGGAUUACCAUCAAGCUAAGUUACCUCACUAUGCCCCUCUUAAAUCGCGCAUCGCCUUCGUUAGACUUCCAAGGCGUCCACGAUUUUAGUGGUAAUCAUCGACUAUGGGAUAAUACAAACUCUAUUUUUAAGCUUAUUGUAAAGGUCUACGUUAGUGACGCAAACAGCGACCGCAGGUUCUUGGCUUCGUGGAUAGAUUCAUUCCUGAACUGUGAUGUCCACUUGGAGAGGUCACUCAGCGUGGGAUCCGGUGCAUUGUGUGCAGUUGUUGGAUCUCAAACCCAGGACUCGACCUUCUCUUAG